AUGUAUUAUUAUUCGGGUGCUAGUAAUAAAAGUCUUAUGAAACCAAUGUCACCAUUACUUAUGGAAAAUACAAAUAUCUAUUCUCGUGAAACAGCUUUUGAUCCACUUAAUUAUGAAUUUGAUGCUGAAACAAUGAUUGAACCAUUUACUUAUUUUCAUGAUGGUCCAGGUGAGCCACGUCGCAAACCAAUUGUAUUCUCAUCAAUGUCAACUUCAUCUUCAUUCUUGAAUUCACUAUGGUCAUCUGCAAGUAGUAUAUCACCAUCGGAUGAAAAUCCUUCAAAUCCUUAUCAUCAAUUUAAUAAUAUGCUUCAAUUAAAACAUCAUCAACAACAACAACAACAAUAUCAAUAUCCAAAAACAAUUUGUCGACAUUGUAAAAGUCAUAAUAUGCCCGAAUGUCUUUAUACUUCUCAUUCAAUGUAUGAUGAAAGUGGUGAAAUAUUUUGUCCCGUAUUAAAAAAAUGUCAUUGUGCUAAUUGUAUUCGUGUUAUUAAUUCAACUGAAAGACAUGAUGAUGAUUCGGAUGAUGAUAAUAAUGUACGUUAUAUUUCAAAUGAUAAUGAAUUCAGUCAUUUAUAUGGUAUUGAUCCAAGACAAAAUUCUUAUCGUAUAAAUAAUAAUAACAACUUUUAA